AUGGAACAGCUCCUCCGGCAGAAGCUGGGAAGGCUGAUCUCAGACAACUCGUUGACACUGCAGGUGGGUGUGGCAUUAGACGCGGCCUGUGGCCUGUCGCACCUGCACUACGCAUCUCCCAAGGUGUUUCACCGCGACAUAAAGAGUCCCAACAUCUUGCUGGACCGGAACGGGACUGCCAAAAUGGCAGACUUUGGCCGGGGACUGUUUGGCUGA